CUUUUAUCCCAAUUACUUGGGGCAUAUUUCAAAAAAUGUCUUUCAAAACACAAACCUCGUAUUUGUCGGAAAGUUUCGUGCUAGGUAAAAAAAACAACUACAAUGACUGAAGCCAAAGGCUAGUUCAGUGGUAAUAAGAAGCCAGCUUCAGUGUUAAAGAGUAUGUCUUGAACUCUUAUGCCUCGAGCCCCCGAUGCAGGAACCUUUUCCCGAGUGGUGGAGACAAAGGCAGAGCCCAUAUGCAAUGCCUCAAGCUUACAAAGCUUGGUAUUUGUGAUAUUCUAAGGUCUCUCUCAUCUCCAAGUCAAACAAAAAAUAAAAAAAUUUGAGUCUCACCCGUGAACCUUGAUUGUGCAACUAAAGGAUAAGGUCUCAAAAGUCCACAGAUUCUAUCUUGAAAGAAAAUGACAACCAUUAGUGAUAUAAUCAAAAGGCCGUGGAUUUCCAAACGGCUUAGACACAAAUACAAGCAACCUGUCUUGCUACUUCCUGCGCCAACUCUGAUGAAUCCUAUUCUUCAAUUCCAAUCUCCCCUCACUCUGAUUUCCAGCUUCCUCGCACUGUUUAUUUGUAUCUACUUCAUCAAAUCAAAGUCCCGUACAGCCUGCGAGACAAGGAAGAGAUGUGCACCACAAGCGGCCGGUGCUUGGCCAGUAAUCGGCCACCUUCAUCUCUUGGGUGGUCGGCAGCUGCUCCACGAGACACUGGGUGCCAUGGCUGACAAAUAUGGACCCAUCUUCACCUUAAGGCUUGGCUCCCAUGAGGGUCUGGUUUUGAGCAGCUGGGAAAUGGCCAAGGAGUGUUUCAUCAACCAUGACAAGGUUUUCUCCACCCGACCAAGCAUCGCUGCCUCCGAGCUACUAUGCUACAAUAAUGCCAUGUUCGGCUUCGCUCCCUAUGGUUCUUACUGGCGCGAGAUGCGCAAGAUUGCAAUGAUUGAGCUUCUCUCAAACCGCAGGAUUGACAUGCUCAAGCAUACACGAGCUUUGGAGCUUACUACUUCACUCAGAGAACUACAUGAUCAGGUGUGUGUCGGGGACAAGGUUUUGGUGGAUAUGAAGUUAUGGUUUCGGAAUUUGACUCAUAAUUUGGCAGUGAGAAUGGUGGGAGGGAAGAGGUAUUUUGAAGCCAGCAGUACUGCUGCUCGCGAGGGAGAAGGAGAGGCGCUCAGAUUCCAAGAAGUGAUGAGGAAUUUCUUCUAUCUGUUUGGAGUUUUCGUGGUGUCUGAUUCGAUACCGUAUCUUGGGUGGGUGGACUUCAAGGGGUACAAGAAGGCCAUGAAGAGAACAGCAAAAGAACUGGAUGGUCUGGUUGAAGGUUGGCUGGAGGAGCAUAAACAGAAGAGACUCUUAGGUGGAGAUCAAAGCAAGGGAGAACAGGAUUUUAUGGAUGUGAUGCUCCACAUUCUGGAGGGCGCAAAUAUUUCAGAUUUUGAUGCGGACACCGUCAUCAAAGCCACUUGCCUGAAUCUUAUCUUAGCAGGAAGCGAUACCACCAUGGUCGCUCUCACAUGGGCCCUAUCUCUACUCCUCAACAAUCCCCAAGUCCUGAAAAGGGCCCAACAUGAGCUGGACGUCCACGUUGGAAAGGACCGCCAUGUGGAUGAAUCAGACAUCGGAAACCUUCCCUACCUCCAAGCCCUCGUCAAGGAAACCCUACGCCUUUAUCCACCAACUCCAGUCAUCGCCCUUCGGGAGGCCAUGGAGGACUGCACUCUUGCCGGGUUCGAUAUCUCCUCCGGCACCCGCUUGAUCAUCAAUGCCUGGAAAAUCCACCGUGAUGAGAGGUCCUGGCCCGAACCAUUGGAGUUCAGGCCCGAGCGGUUUCUUACAAGCCACAGGGACACAGAUGUGAGGGGGCAGGAUUUCGAGCUCAUCCCAUUUGGAUCGGGGAGGCGAUCAUGCCCUGGCACAUCACUGGCGCUGCAGGUGGUGCACCUGACAUUAGCUAGGUUGCUGCACUGUUACAAUAUAACAACACCAUCUGCUGGGUCCGUGGACAUGACGGAGAGUGAUGGUCUCACAAAUUUGAAGGCAACCCCGCUUGAUGUUCUCCUCACUCCUCGUCUUAAUUCCGAGCUUUACAUGUAGUUCACAAGUACGAAGAAAUAUGAGCAAAGAUGUGUUUCAUCAUUAUAUUACAAAUGAAUAUUAUCAAAUCAAAUUUGCAGAUUG